AUGACUGGAACAACUCGUCCAACAGUUCAUAUUCUAGGCUUUGGAUCUAUGGGAACUGUUUUGGCCCUAGAUCUAUUAAGGUAUACCAAUGCCAAUGUGAUCCCUCUAUUUAGGUCAAAUGAGAAAGUAGAACUUUUUCAAAAAGAAGCUAAUAAUGUGUUUGGAAUGAAAAAAUUAUAUCUAACCGAUGCUCCUUUAAUAACUGCUCAAGUUGAACAAUCCGAAUCACCUGAGUCAUUCUCCGGUGUUCAUAUUGAUAAUAUUGUUAUAACAACCAAAACAUAUCAAACUAAAGAUGCAUUGAAGCCAUACCUUCCAUAUAUUGAUUCAAAAACCAACAUGGUUUUAAUUCAAAAUGGCUUAGGUGUUUUAGAGUUGUUAAAAGAAGAAAUCUUUUUAGAUGAAAAAACAAGACCACAAUUAUUCCAAGGUGUUAUUUCCCAUGGUGUAUAUCAAGAUGUAGGUUUUAUUUAUAACCAUGCUGGAUUUGCUGGUAUGAAGUGUUCAAGAUUACCUUGGGAUGAUACCGUUAUCCAAACUAAAAGUUUUAUGGAAAAGGAUUUAAAAGAUAAUGAACUAGUCAGACUCUUUAUGUCUAAGCCAAUGUGUGAGGAAUUUGGUAUGGAAUUUAUGACGUACCAAGAAAUGCUCUCAGGACAGCUUUUUAAAUUUUUAGUUAAUUCCUGCAUUAACCCAGUAACUGCAACUGUCGAUGCCGUUAAUGGCGAAAUUGGCAACUCAUGCGAAGAAAUAUUUUCAUUGAUCAUUGAAGAAUCAUUACAAAUUUUGAAGGUUGUGUAUAAACCAUUGUUUGAUUAUGAAUUAAAUUAUAAUGGAAAACCAGAUUAUCCAACUUUAGAAAUUGAAUCAGUAUUCAAUUUGGAUAAUUUAGUGAAGAAGAUUAUUCAUAUCGGCUGCGUCAUAAAUAAAAAAAACUCAAGCUCUAUGAGACAAGAUACUCUAUAUUUACGUGACAUUGAAAUCGAAUAUAUCAAUGGUUAUGUCGUUCGUUUAGCUGAGAAAUUCAAAUUAGGAGCAGACGCUGCCAAAGUGAAUAAGACGGUUUCAGCUUUUGCUAAACUAAGAUUAGGUUUAAACAGAACCAGAAAAGUAGAAGGUGAUAAAAGAUAA